AUGGAGUUGUACUCAGUGUGGCCAAGAUGGAGGAUAGAAGAAGCACUCGUUGAGCUCGUUCAUAAUUGGUUGUCUGGGUGUCAAGUCAGGAAAUCAGCAGAAGAAUCGAUUUUUGCAUCUUAUGGACGUGGCGGAUUUGCAUCAAAUGAAAUCAUUGGC